AUGCCUUCGCUGCUGCAGCUUCCCGCCGAGCUGUGGCUGCAGGUGUUCAGCUUCCUGUCCUGGAGAGACAAACUGAGCGUGCGCUGCACGUGCUCCCUCUUCAGACACCUGUUGGAUAGAUCCCCCCUCCUAUGGCGGGACUUCAGCGUCGUGCUGCGGCACUUCUCGAGGUACAACCGCUCGUUCUGGCGCAGUCUGGCUCAGAGGCACGUGGGCAGAGUGUCAGUGCGUUCGGGGAAGCGGAAACACCUGAGGGAGUUGUCCACCUGGCUUCCUGUUCUCCACGCGCUGCGACUGGACGACUGGAGAGAGGGUGGCGCUGAUGAGCUGAAACUCUUCCACCAGCUGCAGCGACUAUCUGUCACGUCCUGUUCUGCGCCCCUGAAGAACCUAGACUUCCUGCUUCCUCUGAGUCAUCAGCUGACGGAGCUCAGCCUCUGUAAUGUGCAGCUCACCUGUCCGGCCUCUCACGUGUUGGAUGCUGUCAGUCAGCUGACUCAUCUCACCUCACUGGUGCUGCAUCAUGACGGUAGUCUGAGAAUCCCGACGCUCAGCGGAGUCCUGACUCACCUGACCGAGCUCAAACACCUGUCCUGGACCAUGAUCACCUACAGGACCCUGUCACGUGACUUCUUCAGCCCCGCCCAUCUCUCAGCAGGUGGCGGCACUCUGCAGCUGUCUGACCUGCAGUUGUUGAACUAUGAUGCCGGGGUGACGCAGGAAGUUCUGCAGCCUUUGUCCCGCCUCCGCAGCCUGUCAGUGUUCCACCUGUAUUCUGUACCUGGGCCCACAUGUCACCUACGAACAUGGCUGACAUCACUGCCACAGCUCCGCAGUCUCAGUGUGCACGGAGGCCAUCCUCUGGCUGCGUACGCAGACUUUCUGCCAUCCUCCCUCCUCAGCCUGACUCUCUGUGUGGAUCUGCAGCCUGAGGAUCUGCAGGUGGUGUCACUCAGAGCUCCUCAGCUAGAGCACCUGCACCUGGAGCCGUGGAGCUCCUCCUCCAACCUUGUCAGACUCCUCCCACAGCUGUUCCCUCACCUGAGGACGCUCCGGAUCAGACAUUACCACGUUUCAGAUGACGACUUCCUGUGGCUGCGGCAGCUGCGGCGUCUCGACACUCUGGAGGUUCUGGAUUCGUACUACAGACCUGACCCGACAGACCCGAGCUGGGUCGUCUAUGAGCCGAGUCCUCGUCUGCUGCGGCUCAUCUCCGAGUUACAGGCCGUGACUGAUCACAGAGUCCGAGUCAUCACCAGUUCACACAGAGAUCCGCUCACCUGUCUGUGUGUCUGACCAGUCAGCAUCUGGUCAGAACACCUGGAGUGACAUCACUGGCGGAGGUGGGGCUUGUUUUCAGUGAAACAAAGAUUUCAAAGGAUUUCAUUUGUUUUUCAGUUUUUUGGAGGCGAAACGAUUCAACGUUAAAGUCGUUUCUGUAUUUCUUCAAAUAAAAACCAGCAGUCGGUUAAAAGCUGUCGCGUGGUAAGUAAAUCCAGUCACUGUGGGCGAAUGUCCAAGGCAGCUGUAGUUUGUUGUAACGGACAGUUGUCCUUGUUGUCCUUUAAUCCCAAGCAGCUAUUAUUGGACACAGUUAGCCUUUCACAUUAAAAGCCCUGUUAAGAAAUGAAGGUUUUCUGCUGCUGGAGGGAUUUUGAUUUGAAACGAGGAAGUGUUGAGUUUGAAUCAACCUCAUAAUCCGUUAACUUUAACACGACAGAUGGGAGCCAAUCAAAAUGAGUUUGUACUGAAAUCGGAUCAAACAGGGAGGAGCAGAAACAGACACCUGUUUCCUCCUGCAGGUGAAUAAAGGCCUCGGUCGCUAUUUGAGGAAAUACGUUUUUUCACUGAAAGUGCCUUUUCUGGAGAAAUGUGUGUGACUGCUGCUCUCACUGCUCCAGCCUCACAGAUUGAUGCGACUGUCAGAAAAAACAAAUCAACCAAAAUAAUAGAAAACCGUUUCUUCUCGUGUCGUUCCUGAGUUUUUCACCAUGAACACAAAGUGCUGUAAAACAGUUGGUAACAUGUUUGACGUGUUGCUUACAUGUACAAACUAUGAAUGUGUUUGACACUAACGCUCAUUCACUGCCAUUCAGAAACAUGGACACAAUAUUUAUACUUAAGGUGCUGUAACAUGAAAAAGAUAAAACAGUGAAAUGAUGAAGAAUGAAAGUUAGAAAAAAGAGAAAUCAUGUGAUUGACAGCAGAAAUACACUCGGAGGAAAACAAAGCACCUGCUGCACUUUCACCUUCUGUAACUUUAAAGUUUGAGUUUAUUUAUGGAAUUAAAACAUUCACAGUAAAUCAGUUUGUUUUCAUGUUUAAGUUUUAUCGGAGGGUCUGAUCGUUCUCUCACCGUUUUUCUGAAACAUCAGCUUUAACCCGAGGCUCUUCGCGGUUUGUCUGGUGAUGUUACGUCAUACAAACCAGCUCUUAUGAUUAUUGUUCCAGAAUAUUUUGAAUUUAAAAAUUUCAGACUAAAUCAUAUUUAGGU